UGAAAUUUGGCAGGAAGCAGCAGCUCCUCGCCGCACAUUUCCCUGCCUGCAGGAGGAAUUUCACCGCGCUCAGCCCGGGAGCAAAACCUGGAUGAAGCGGGGCUGAGCUGCCCCCAGCACAGGCGCCGCGAAUCGAGGACAGCCCUGCCUGCACUGCCUGGCUCUGCCUCUGAGGACUGUGAUCCCUGAAAAUGGGAAGAUCCCAAGUUUUUCCCUCCAACCCCUGCCUGCUGCUGCUGCUGGCCGGGCUGAGCUGUGCCCAGUACGAGCACUGGCCGUACCUGCCCGGCUACCCCGAGCCCGCCCCCCAGGUGUUCCAGCCCGCCCAGAGAGCCCCAGACGUGCCCAAAAUCCAGCUGAGGCUGGCGGGGCAGAAGAGGAAGCACAACGAGGGCAGGGUGGAGGUGUUCUACAGCGGAGAGUGGGGCACCGUCUGCGACGACGACUUCUCCAUCCACGCCGCCCACGUGGUGUGCCGGGAGCUGGGCUACGUGGAGGCCGUGUCCUGGCUGCCCAGCUCCAAGUACGGCAAAGGAGAAGGGAAGAUCUGGCUGGACAACGUGCACUGCACGGGCAGGGAGAGCAGCCUGGCGGGCUGCGGCUCCAACGGCUGGGGCGUGAGCGACUGCAAGCACACCGAGGACGUGGGCGUGCUGUGCAGCGAGAAGAGGAUCCCAGGCUUCAAGUUUGACAACUCCCUGAUUAACCAAAUCGAGAACAUGAACAUCCAGGUGGAGGACAUCCGCAUCCGCGCCAUCCUGGCCACCUACCGCAAGCGGGUCCCUGUCACCGAGGGCUACGUGGAGGUGAAGGACGAGGGCACCUGGAAGCAGAUCUGCGACAAGCACUGGACCAUGAAGAAUUCCCGGGUGGUCUGCGGGAUGUUCGGCUUCCCCAGCGAGAGGAAAUACAACACCAACGUCUACAAGAUGUUUGCCAGCAGAAGGAAGCAGCACUACUGGCCUUACUCCAUGGAGUGCAGCGGGAGCGAGGCUCACAUUUCCAGCUGCAAACUGGGGACCCACCUGGCGGGCGCGGGGCAGAACGGCAGCUGUGCCAGCGGGAUGCCCGCCGUGGUCAGCUGCGUGCCCGGCCGCGCCUUCGCCCCCAGCAGCCACAGCGGCUUCCGCAAGGCCUUCAGGCAGGAGCAGCCCCUGGUGAGGCUGAAAGGAGGAGCCAACACGGGGGAAGGGCGCGUGGAGGUGCUGAAGAACGGCGAGUGGGGCACGGUGUGCGACGACAACUGGAACCUGGUGUCGGCCAGCGUGGUGUGCCGGGAGCUGGGCUUCGGCAGCGCCAGGGAGGCCAUCACGGGAGCCAGGCUGGGCCAAGGAAUGGGUCCCAUCCACCUGAACGAGAUCGACUGCACGGGCUUUGAGAAGUCGGUCACGGACUGCAAGUUCAACACCGAGUCCCAGGGCUGCAACCACGAGGAAGAUGCUGCUGUGAGGUGCAAUGUGCCAGCCAUGGGCUUCCAGAACCAGCUUCGCCUGAGCGGGGGCCGCAACCCCUACGAGGGCCGGGUGGAGGUGCUGGCCGAGCGCAACGGCACCCUGAGGUGGGGCACGGUCUGCAGCCACAACUGGGGCACCGUGGAGGCCAUGGUGGUGUGCCGGCAGCUGGGGCUGGGCUUCGCCAGCCACGCCUUCCAGGAAACGUGGUACUGGCACGGGGACGUCAGCGCCGACGACGUGGUGAUGAGCGGGGUCAAGUGCUCGGGGACAGAGAUGUCCCUGUCCCACUGCCGGCACGACGGGGCCCACGUGUCCUGCCCCAGGGGAGGGGGACGCUUCGGGGCCGGCGUGUCCUGCUCGGAGACCGCCCCUGACCUGGUGCUGAACGCGGAGCUGGUGGAGCAGACGGCCUACCUGGAGGACAGGCCCAUGUUCCUGCUGCAGUGCGCCCUGGAGGAGAACUGCCUGGCCAGCUCGGCCCACAACACCUCGCUGAGCUCGGGCUACCGGCGCCUGCUGCGCUUCAGCUCCCAGAUCCACAACAACGGCCAGUCCGACUUCCGGCCCAAGAACGGCCGCCACGCCUGGGUGUGGCACGACUGCCACCGGCACUACCACAGCAUGGAGGUGUUCACCCACUACGACCUCCUGAACCUCAACGGCACCAAGGUGGCCGAGGGACACAAGGCCAGCUUCUGCCUGGAGGACACCGAGUGCGAGGCAGAUGUGCAGAAGCAGUACGAGUGUGCCAAUUUUGGGGAGCAGGGGAUCACAGUCGGCUGCUGGGACGUUUACCGGCACGACAUCGACUGCCAGUGGAUCGACAUCACCGACGUGCCCCCUGGGGAUUACCUCUUCCAGGUGGUGAUCAACCCCAACUACGAGGUGGCAGAGUCGGAUUAUUCCAACAACGUCAUGAAAUGCCGGAGCCGCUACGACGGGCAGCGCAUCUGGAUGUACAACUGCCACAUAGGCGGUUCCUUCAGCGAGGAGACGGAGCAGAAGUUCGACCACCCCAGGGGACUCACAAACAACGCCGUCUCUGCCCGGUAGAAUUCCCACUAAUUUAAGGAAGCCAGGACUCCUGCUCCGGCCCUUCCCGAACCACUGCACCCCAGGAGCCUCCACCAGACUCGGAAUUCCUGAAGAAUCCUCUCCCUCCCCAGUUCAGGUGCUCAGGCCCCCCCUCGGCGCCUCCUGCAAUUCCAGCUCUGCUCAGCUCCAGCCCUGCACCAUUCCAAAGGCUUCUCCCACAUUCUGCAGCGCUCCUCGCCUCAGGCUGGCUGCCAGCCACCCCAAAGUGCCUUUGUCCUUCCUUUCCCAAAUUCCUUGGGAAUUCUCAGCUCUUCUCCACUCCCAGUGCCUGCUGGUGCUGCUGCCUCCUGCACUCCCCCUCAGCACCGGCUCCAGGUUAGCCAACAGAAGGAAAGGGAAAAUUUAAAAGGAAAAACAAAACAGGAAAACAGGAAAACAGGAAAACAGGAAAACAGGAAAACAGGAAAACAGGAAAACAGGAAAAGGAGCAGCUCUUUGUGAGCAGAACAGCCAAAAGCUGAAUUUAAUCCUGCAGUGAAACCUCGGAUCCAGCGGCGGCCACGGCCCGGAGGGGAGCGAGCGCGGAACGGGGAAUCCCACAGGGAAUCCCACAGGGAAUUUCAAUUUCACAGGGAAUUUCACAUGGAAUCCUCACAGGGAAUUUCAAUUUCAUAUAGAAUUUCAUAUGGAAUUUCACAAGGAAUUUCAAUUUCAAAGAGAAUUCCAAAGGGAAUUUAAUAUGGAAUUUCAAUUUCAAAGAGAAUUUCACAUGGAAUCCUCAGAGGGAAUUUCAAUUUCAUAUGGAAUUUCACCGAGAAUUUAAUAUGGAAUUUCAAUUUCACAGGGAAUUUCAUAUAGAAUCCUCACAGGGAAUUUCAAUUUCACAGGGAAUUUAAUAUGGAAUUUCAUAUGGAAUUUCAAUUUCAAAGAGAAUUCCAUAUGGAAUUUCACAGGGAAUUUCAAUUUCACAGGGAAUUUCAUAUAGAAUUUCAAUUUCAAAGAGAAUUUCACAGAGAAUUUAAUAUGGAAUUUCAAUUUCACAGGGAAUUUCAUAUGGAAUAUGGAAUUUCAAUUUCAAAGAGAAUUUCACAUGGAAUUUCAAUUUCACAAGGAAUUUCAUAUAGAAUCCUCACAGGGAAUUUCAUUUUCACAGGGAAUUUCAUAUGGAAUUUCAAUUUCAAAGAGAAUUUCAUAUGAAAUUUCACAGGGAAUUUCACAUGGAAUCCUCACAGGGAAUUUCAAUUUCAUAUAGAAUUUCAUAUGGAAUUUCACAAGGAAUUUCAAUUUCAAAGAGAAUUCCAAAGGGAAUUUAAUAUGGAAUUUCAAUUUCAAAGAGAAUUUCACAUGGAGUCCUCAGAGGGAAUUUCAAUUUCAUAUGGAAUUUCACAGAGAAUUUCAAUUUCACAGGGAAUUUCAUAUAGAAUCCUCACAGGGAAUUUUAAUUUCACAGGGAAUUUCAUAUGGAAUCCUCACAGGGAAUUUUAAUUUCACAGGGAAUUUAAUAUGGAAUUGCAAUUUCAAAGAGAAUUCCACUGGGAAUUUCAUAUGGAAUUUCACAGGGAAUUUCAUAUGAAAUUCCACAGGGAAUUCCAAUUUCACAAGGAAUUUCACAUAGAAUCCUCACAGGGAAUUUCAAUUUCAAAGAGAAUUUCAUAUGGAAUUUCACAGGGAAUUUCAAUUUCAAAGAGAAUUUCACAGAGAAUUUCACAAGGAAUUUCAAUUUCACAGGGAAUUUCACCUGGAAUCUCCCAGGGAAUCUCCCAGGGAACCCAAGCUCCCUGGAGUGACCCAGAACUCAGCAGAUCCCCAGGGAUGAGGCCCCGGGCUGGGAAUUCCCAUCCCUCAGGGAUCCUCUCCCCUCCAGCUGCCGUGCCCAUCCAAGAAUCCUCUCCUGCCUGGAGAUUCCAACUUUUUUCCCAAGGAUGGAUGAUCCUUGUGCCCCUUGCAGAGGGAAUUCCUGCCCCUCACCCCCAGGGAUCUGCUCCCGUGGGAAUUCCCGGUUCUCUGAGGACACACUUUGCUACAGAGCUCCAAUAAAAACCUUUUCCCUGGGAAAACAACAAAAUAAAUCACUUCAGGAGCGCUUGGUGGAUUUUCUCCUCCCCAUUCCUGGAAGUUUGGGGGUUUUCCCCCCUCUCCUACCAUCAGAGUUACCUGGAAUUCCAGCUGAUCCCACAGGGAAUCCCAAACUUCCCCCAAAUCCCCAAAAUGCAGAAAUAUUUCCAAUAUUUGUUGUUCCUCCAGUGCUCCAGAGGGCGGCUGGCCAAGGGUUUGAACUCCUGGCAAUUGGAAAAUUCCAGUUUUUCCUCAGAAUUCCAGACUGGAGCAGGAGCAGAGCCUGGGAUGGGGCUGGGAGCUCAUUUUGAACCCAGCACAGGCAAAUUCCAGAGGUUUUUUCCCCUAAUGAGCAGAUCCCAACUUUCCUCACCAACAGGGUUUUGAUACUCUGCAAAUAAGGAAAAACUCCCCAGAACUUGGAUUCGCUGCCUGUCAGUUUCCUGGGAUCUCUGAACAGCAACACCACAACAAACUCGGAACAGAUCUCUCAACUCCCGCCCUUGCCUCGGGAAUUCUGGUCCCAAAAAUCCCAAUUUCCUUAUCCAUGCCUGGUUUUGGUUGGAAAACAGAGCAGGAAUAGGGAAUGAAGAAACCCCCUCGUUCCUGCAGCCGCCCCAGAUGAAAUUCCAGCACUUCCAGGGCUCCACAAAAACCCAAAAAAAUCACAAAUUCCCAUUCCCAACGUCCCUGCAGGCCCCCCUGCUCUGCAGGCAUUUCCCAGCACAGCCCCGCUCCUCCCACAGCCCUGGGGGGUUUUUGGGAUCAUUCCAAGGAUUCUGCCUGGAAUUCUUCACUCCCUGGGGGCUCCUGCUGCCGCUGCCUCCAGCCCAGGGCGUGGGACACGAGUCUCCUGGCCACGGCCGUGUCUGUCUGCGGCCUCUCCUUGCCCAGCUGCAGCAGCUCUGGGGGGAAAUUAAAAUAAUUUCAAUUAUUUCCCCACCUGGGGCGUGCUCAGGGAGAAAUUCCUGGUUAAAUCCCCAAAAUCAGCUUUUUUCCCUCGGUUUUGGACAGCCAAUCUUGCUGGCUGGGUGGAUAAAUUGGGGUUUUUUUGUUGUUCAGAUGAUGGAAUUCCAGUUUUUCCACUUGUUUGGUCACCAGAAAGGUUCAGGGCUCUUCUGCUCUGUGGGAAAAUUGUUCCCUGUCCUCUUCCAGGAAUUAUUCCUGGCAAAAUUCCCAAAAAUUCCCAACAUUCCCAAUCCCUUUCCAAACCUGGAAAAACCCAAGGCAAUUUAUCCAUUUCUCCAAUUGGAACUCCUCAAAACCAGCUGCCCAAAUCCUUGGAAAAUAAAGAAUAAAUCUGCAUUUUAAAUGAAAUUUGAAUAUUUCAGAUCAUUUGGGAAGCCCCUUGGUCAGUGCCCUCCAUUUCUUGGAUUGCUGCAAUUCCAUCAGCAAGGAAAUCCACCAAAAUUCCACCAAAAUUGGGAUUUGGGGAUUAAUUAAUUAAUCCUUCAUCAAUCUGAAGUUGUUAUCUACUCAGCAACUUGGUUUGGUUUUUCCAGAAAUUUCAUUCAUUAAGGGAAAAAAAAAAAAUUAAAAAAAAAAUUUAAAAGAGACACUGUCAGCUAAUUAAAAUCCAAAUUUGUGUUUGUAAAAUUAUCAAUUGAAACUGGGUAGCAACAGAAUUUAUGUUGGAUUAUUAAUUGAUAAUAAAUAAUUAAUUAAAAAUAAUUGCAUUUGAAUUUAACCUGAUUCAGAAGAGUGAAUAAAUGAGAAAACAGAUGAAGGGGAGAUGCAAAUAAACCAAAUUUUUGGGUCUUUCCUUUAAAUCCAGCAGUGCUGAACCUCAGGAAUUGGUCCCUGUGAAGAUCAAAACUGGAAUUUUCUUUGGGAAUUUUACUGAUUUAUCCUGACUGCAGUGAGCUGGGGAAAGCCAGGAAUUGUUGGCUCAGAGCCUCUGCUGCUGCUGAGGUCGGUGGCUUUGCUUUCCUGUGGCAACUGGACCUGAUCCAUGUGAUUGAAAGGCAACAAAAUCAAUCAAUCAUCAAUAAUCAAUCAUCAAUAAUCAAUCAAUUGAUGUUCUCGGCUCAGCUUCACCAUUUCUCCUUCCUGAAUAAAAUUCUGCCAACCACAA